GUAAUUUUUUUCGUAAGCUUCAGUUUUUCUUUGUCUAUGGCGCACUACGAUGUGUCCGCCGCGACAGCCUCUUUUUGUUCAAUUUGAUCGGUGUAAUAUUGUUCAAAUAAUUGUUAAUUUGUGAUAUUAUUAAUAAAUAAACUCCGGGCAAUCUUUUGAGUGUAAAUUUGUUGCAUAAUUAUACCUAGAACAAUAGAUAUUUUUAAAUUAAAAUUACGACAAAAUGACGCCAUCACAAAUUGACAUGUUGGUAUAAUAAAGUCGUUCUGUGAACUAUUUUUGCAUUUAACAUUCUCAAAUUAAUUAAACAAACAAUUAUUGAUAAUAUUUAACAUGAUUAUAAACAAAUUAAAGUGUAAAUUAAUGCAUCUUGUCAAGCUUGGCAACCUAACCUCUAAAAUUUUUGGACAAUAAUUAUUUAUUUUAAUUUGUUGAAAAAAAAAAGAUUUCAACAAUGACAAAUAAUGAGACAAUAAAUUCAAUCAUCAUUGGAGCAAUAAAAAAAAAAAUGCUAAACAUUGGUGUGAUUCAAGAAACAAAAAGUGAGUGACUUGAAUCCAAUAUGCUGAGAGACAACAACAACAAAUGGUGGUGUUAGAUGACGAUUAAACAUGCCAGUGUAAUUGUGUAUUGACAAUAAGUUGAACACGUAGUUUAAAUUAAUAUUUUUGUCUGUUGUUGAAAAUUGAUAUUGAGUGUGUAAGUUGAAUUGAUAAGAUUUUUAAUUAGUGUUAAAGUCAGUGUUAGAUUCAAUCUUAGAGUCAGUGAUAAAGUGAGUGAUCGUGUUAGUGGUACCUGUUAACAUCAAGACCCAGGAAAAUAAUCUCAAUGAUGACCAUCUCAUGAUGUUGGAGUCCAAGUCAAAAUGAAUUUCAAUGAGACAAGUCAAUGGCAUCAAUUGAGAAUUUCUAUUAUCAACUGCUGAGAGGAUGAUUCAAAUUUCAAUAGGACAAGAUGAUGGCAUUAAUCGAGAAUCUUCAUCAUCAACUGCAAAAGAAAAAUGUUAAAGUGGACAGUAUCAAGAUCAUUGUCAAAUACAAGUUCAACACCACAUGCACCACCCACAUCUGGUAGACCAACACGCAAACCAUUUAGAGAUCUAUCAAAUACACCACCAACUGGUGGUAGUAUUUGUAGUAGUAAUAGUAGUAGUUGUAGUAAUACAAGGCCGAGGGUGAUUAUUAAAACAAAUAAUAAUAUUCAUGAUAGUAAUACAACAUUAAAAGCAACACCUGUUCGUAGAAGACGAUGUAAAAGUCAUGGAAGUGAUUUACGUUCAUAUUUUAAUGCAACAAAGCCAAAUUUACGAAAUGGAAAACGUCAAUCAAUAACAAAUGUAACAACAGAAUCACCCAAGACAGAAAGUUUUUACCAAAGUACACCAAGAGUUGACACUGAUAUUGGUCCAUUAACAUAUAUACCUCAAACAAUAAUUAAAAAUUCAGCAACUGGCUCAACAUUACCAUCAGAUCCUACAAUAUUAUCAAUAAAUUAUCAUAAAAAAUUUCAUUCAAAUAAUAAUAUUAAUAGUCAUAAUAAUAAUAAUGAUAUACCACAAAAUAUUAUUAAUGAAACACGUAUUAAUUUACAAUCACAUGUAUCAGAUUUUUUUCAACAAAUAUCUGUUGCUGGUAGUCCUGAAGAUGUUAUGGAAGCUGGUUCAGUACCAUUUGUUAAAUCAAGAAAUUAUGAAAAUAUAUAUCAUUCAAAAUUUACAAAAAUAUCAAAAUUACAUUCAAGAAAUAAAACACCAUAUAAUAAUAUUAAUAAAAUAAAAUAUAAUAAUAUAUCAUAUGAUAUUAAAGAAACACCAUUAUCACGUAAUUUAGCAAAUUUAAAAAUUAAUCAAGAUAAAAAAUAUGAAAAUAUUAAUAAUACAAUACAACAAGAAACAAAUACAGUUGCUGAUAUAUUAAUAAAAGAUAUUGAAGAAAGAAAACUUGUACAAAAUUCAAAAGAUAAUAAUAAUAUUAAUAGAAAUAAUAGGAAUAAUAAUAAUGAUAAUUAUGAAGAUGCUAUGAAUGAAUCACAUAUUUAUGAAUCAAUAUUAGAUAAUAAUGAUAAUAAUAUAAAUAAUAAUGAUGAUAGUAAUCAUAAUGAUAGUACAAUAUCAUCAGCUAGUCAAUUACUUGAAGAUCCAUCACCAAUGUCAUGGAUACAAAAUUCACCAAUAAAUGAUUGUGAUGGUAAAUUUACAUUAAGACGACAACGUGGUAUUAGAAGAAAACGUCAACAAAAAAAUAAUGAUAAUAAUAAUUUAUCAACAAAUAAAAAGCCUAAAAUACAAAAAAAUAAUAUUAUUAGUCCAGAAAGUUGUAGAAAAAUAUUAGAAACUGGCUUACCAAUAUUUGAUGAUUAUAAUAAAAAAUUAAAUAAUAAUUAUAAUGAUAUUGAUGAUUUAACAUUUGGUGAAAAAAAUUCAUACAAAAUAACAUCAUCAUUUAAUAGUCAUAGUAAAGAUGAAAUAACAAAAAUUAAUAUGUGGGAUCUUGAUAGUCCAAAAUCAUCAUUAAUUGAUGAUUAUCAAAAUUCAAAAAAUUCAUUUUUACAAUCAGUUAUUGAAACACCAGAAGCACCACUUAUUGCAACUGUACGUAGAUGUUUAAAAUAUAGUCCUGAAUGUGAUAAUGUUAAUAAAUUACAAACAAGAGGUUCUAUUGAAAUUGAAUACAAUGCUGUUAGUGAUUAUAUUCAUAUUAGAGUUAUACGUUGCAAGGAUCUCAGAAGAACAUACGAGGGUCCAAUUCAUGCAUAUGUUAAAGUUAGCUUGAAAAAUCAUUUUGGUGAGGGUGUUGUUAAACGUACUGCUGUUCAUCGUGCCACACCAAAUCCAGUAUUUCAUGAAACACUAAUAUUACCUUGUCCAAGUAAUAACAGUUGUACGAAUAGGCCAACGUCCCUUGAUAUUGCUGUUUGGCAUCGUGAUAGAAGAGCAAGACGCAGUGAGCUGCUGGGCUGUAUGACCCUACCCCUUCCACUGGCACAGGACAAGGAAGCAACAUGGCAUCCACUGGAAGUUGGUUCAUGCCGAAAUACAAGUACACCUUAUACAGGUUUAAUCCAAGAAUGUGCAGUGUCACCUCCACUGUCAAAGGACGGGGAUCAAAUAGACAACAACAAUGCAAAUCCAGAUGAUCUUACAUAUUUACGACAUUUAGAAUUGGAGCAAAUAGAUCCACUGACUGGUCAACCAUUGCAUCCUGGAUUUACAGCAAAAGGUGGAAGAACACCAUGUACAAUAACUAAAAAAUUAUUACGUCAAUGUGGACCUAAUCAGAUACCAUGGGGUUUUUCUCUGUCAUGGGGUCGACCACCACGAGUAGAAAGAGUAGAUCCAAAUAGUCCAGCUGACCGUGCUGGUUUACGUCCUGGUGAUCAUGUUGUAUUUGUUAAUACAACAAAUGUUGUAAUACUUGCACGCGAAAAUAUACUUGGCCUAAUUCAAGCAGCAACAAAUCAACUUGUACUUGAAGUUUAUAGAAAAACAACAAUUAAUAAUAAAAAUAAACAACGUACUAGUAUUGGAAAUAUAACAUUAAAUCAACCAACAUUAGAUUAUUCAAAUGGACAUCAUCAAGGAGUCACCUUUACCACCGAGAUAUUUAAAAAUGUUACACCUGAUGCAACACCAGAAGAAGAACUUGUAUCACGUGAAACACGUUAUAAUGGAAUUUUAAAAAGUGGAUUUUUACGUUUUUACACACCAUUAAGUGAACGAAGAGACAUUAUAUCACUCACUGAUUAUUCAAUAAUAUUUCAAAAUAUUGAUGAAUUAUUAAAAUUAUCAGAUGAAAUACGUGAUAGUGGUGGUAGUAUUGAAAUAUAUUUAAAUUUAAUACCAAAAAUAAUAGCAUUAUAUAGAAGAUAUUUAAGUGGUCUUCAACGUGCUUGUUGUUUAUUGGUAUCAUUAAAACGUAAUGCUGCAUUUGUUAAAAUUAUAACUGAAACAACUCAAAAAAGACGUCCUGAAUUAACGGAUAUACUUCUUGCUCCACUUGAGCAUUACAGAGAAAUGACAAGAAUCAUUGGUCUUAUAACACCAAGAAAUUGUCAGAAGGCUCGUGAUCUUCUUCAGGGUUACAGAGAAGCAACAGCAAAUGCAAAUUUAAUGGAACCACCAAGAGAUUCUGGAAGACCAUUAUUGAGUUUACAAGAAAUUGAUUCAAGAUUAGUAUUUGCCAAAUGUAAUCCAUUUACACUUGGUAUACCAGAAAGAAAAUGGAUUUUUGGUGGAGCAUUGACAAAAGUUGAGGGUCGACGUCUACAAUCAUCUUGGGCUCUUCUGUUAACGGAUCUUCUUGUAUUUGCUCGUUUUUCACGUGAUAGAGUAUUAUUUAUUACUGAAGAACCUCUACAUUUAUCAAAUAUUGCUGAGGCAUGUUUUACUGUAAGAAAAAGACCAACUGAAUUUCGUUUACAAAUUGCAAUAACAACAAAUGGAGCACAACAAAAUAGUGGUGUUAAUGUUAGUCAUUCUGGUGGUUGUAGUCCUCAUGGAAAAUUAAAAAGACGUCUUCUUAUAUUUCGUGCACCAACAGCUGAAAUUAAAGCUGUAUGGCAUUGUCUACUUCAACGACAAAUAAUCUAUGUGAAUACAGGCUGUGGGGGAAUACCAAAUAUUGACUACAGUCCAGAGGAAUGUCAACAAAGCACAAAUAAUAUUUUAAAUAUCUGUGAUUCAUCAAUAAAUCCUCAGCCAAUAGCACAAACAAUAACAACGCACGAUAAAGAUAAAAAUAUAGAAAAUAAUAAUAUAUUAAUAAAAACAUCACCAGUAACAAGUCCAAUACAAGAAAUAAAUCAUCUUGCUCAAUGGGUAAGAAAUUCACAACAUGCACCACCACCAGAUAAUGAACAAUCACUUGAAGAAUGGACACCUGAAGAAUUAGCAGCACGUGCACCACGUGAUACACCAGUUGAUGUUGAAAUACAUGAAUGUAAUAAUGAAGAAAUAAAUUGUCCAAAUAAUUCUGAUAUUGAACGUCAAAGUAGUACAUCAAGUGCAAGUUUAAGUACAAUUAAAUCAAAUAAUCCAGUUAAAAAUGGUUCUCUAUUUGGAGGAAAAGAUACAACAAAAGGAUCAAUUAAUAUGUGCCGAAGGUGCCACAGAUCUGGAUGUCCAGCACCACCAACAAGAGAUCCAUUUUCACCUUUACCACAAAAAAUAACAACACCAGAUUUAUGUGCAAAUCAUAGAUUAAUGAGAAAUAAUUCAAAUGAUAGCCCAAGUAAAAAAAGUGCCAAGAGUACAUCAGCUGAUAAUAAUACUGAAGAUGGAAGUGAGGAUGAUUUAGAUUGUGAUGAAGAACCACCAUACAGAACAUUGAGAAGAUUUGGUACAUUAAGUAGUCUAGAUCAAGAUGAUGAUGAACAAAUUGAAGAGGAUAAUCAUGAUAUUGAAUCACCACCAUCAGGAACAUUAAGAUCAUGGGCUGGAAGAGCAAGUAGUUUUGUCGUCAGUAAAAUGGUUCUACUUGAACAACUUGCAUUACUUCAUUCACCAUCAGCAUCACCACAAUUACCAAAAGAAAGAAAUGAAUUUUCAAUACUUGAACAAAAUGAUGAAGAUGGUACUGUAUCAGGUGGUACAUCUGCUGAUGAUAUUUGGGGUACACCAACAUCUGGUGGUCCUGAUGAUGAUAGUUUUAAUAGUCCACCAUCAACAAAUGGAAAUACAACUGGUGACAAUUAUGGUUUAUCAAUAAAUCAAGAUGAUGAAGCUGAUGAUAGUUUUGAUUCUGAAGAUUUACCGGAAAUAACAAUGGAUCAAUUAAUGGGAAAUUCAAGUAUGUCAUCACUUCAUUGUUUUUUAAGUCGUAAAAGAUUAGAGCCACUACCUGAAGAAGAUGAUACAUCUGGUAAUAGUAAAAAUCAAGUUGGAUGGUGGUGACAGAGGUUACAGCCCAUUGCCUCUAAUAAAAUUAACGAGGAGGGCCAAAGACGUGAUGAAAAAUUUGAAAAAUUAUCACAUGAUGAUGAAUUAUUUCGUAUGAAAAUGCUGGAAAUACACAGAAAACUAUCAGAUGUUGAUGAUGAUGAUAUAGAAAAAUCAAUUAAAUCAAUUAAUGAUAAAAAUAUAUUAUUAAAUAAUAAUAAUGAUAAUAAAUUAUUGGAUUCACAAUUAAAAACAACAUUUAUUGGUAAUUCACGUGAUGAAAAUCAAUUGAGUAUUAGAAUGCUUGAACGUAGACGUUUAAGAAAAAUGGAUCUUGAUGUUGAAAGACGACGACAUUUAGAAGAGCUAAGAAAAAGAGCUGAAAGAAUUGAUGAAGUAUCUGAAGAAGAUCAAGAUGAUACAGAGACUGAAAGUCCACAAGAAAAUACAUUUCUUAAAAAUUUAUGGACACGUAGAAGAGGCAUUAAAAUAUUGAGUUUAUUAAGUCAUAAAAAAACAAAUGAUGCUAAAUCAAAUGAAUUGAUGAAAAUUUAUGUGCCUGAUAAAUGUGGUAAAGGAAAAAAUACGAUUUCCAUUGAUAAUUCAACGAGAAAUAAAAAAUUUUGGAAAAUACGUACACGUCGUAGUUCAAGUUCAUCUGAUGAAAAUUAAAAAUU